AUGGAGGCACUCUUAAACAGAAGGAAGGUACUAAAGGGACGGGUAACUAGAAUUGAAAACAUGUUAGAGGAACAUGGAGUUCAAUCUCUCGGUGAGGUAACGGCACAACUAUAUCUUAAAAAAUUAAACGCAUUAUCGGAAGAAAUCGAUCAGUUACAACAAGACAUUAUUGGAGAAUGUUUGGAAGACGAAUUUGAGGUACAUGAUGCUCAAUAUAACACACUAAUUGGUCGCGUGGAAGCCAUGACCAUUCGACUCAUGACUGUUGAACAAAAUUCAACAACCAUAAGUUUAGUGCACAACAGUGCGAAUGGAACAGAAGUUAAACUUCCAAGAUUGGAACUCCCGGUUUUUAACUGCAAGUACGACGAAUGGCUCUCUUUCCGCGAUUUAUUCACAGCAACUGUUCAUAAUAAUUCUACGCUAUCUAGUGCCCAAAAACUCCAAUAUUUGAAAUCGUCAGUACGACAGGACGCCGCUUUAUUGAUUCAAUCUUUCCCCAUCACGGAUGGAAACUAUCAGGAAGCUUGGGAUACAUUGUUAAGAAGAUACAAUCACAAUCGUGAAAUAAUUGAUUCCUACAUUCAGAAGUUAUUCGAGCAACCCAGCAUUGCACAAGAAUCAGCCACUGCGUUACGACACUUACUAGAUACAACUAAUGAGUGUAUUCGUGCACUGAAGGUAUUAAAGCAACCAGUGCAACAUUGGGACUCUAUUCUGCUGUAUAUUCUCAAAGAAAAAGUGUUUCAAGAAUCUCGUAGGCAAUGGGAACUUUGUCAGAAGGACACAGAACAACCAACAUUUAAAGACAUGACUUCAUUUUUAGAACAACGAGCUAGAGCACUGGCUGUUUCCCAAACCAAUAUUCAUUCUGGCCAAUCAAGACCAAUAUCCAGACUUCGUCCGUCUUCACAUUCCAAGCAAAUAACUUCUGCAGCACAUCAUGGUAUUGUGCAGCCAGCAUGUCCCAUAUGUCAUGGCACACAUCCAGUUUUCAAGUGCUCGACAUUUUUGGGAGCAUCGGUGAACGAACUGAGAGAUCUAGUUAAGAAGCAUGAAUUAUGCUACAACUGCUUAAGGUAUUCAUUUGUUUUUCAGUAA